AUGAUUCCUCCCCUUAUUUGGGCGUGCAUUGCCGCGCUCGCUCAGACAGCCUGCGGAGAUUAUGUAUCCACAAACUACCAAGAGUACAACGACGGAGCGCUAGGACACCGUCCUCACUUGGAAUUUCAUUCCAGCUCCGAAUAUGCGCCCCUCCUACAAGUCAACAUAUGGGAUCAGGAUGCUAUCUCCGAGACGGGGUCCCACAUAUUCAUCAAACAUGAUGGUAAUGACUCCUCGCCACUCUCGUCGCCGCUCAUCUUGGAUGCCCACGAUUUGAGUGCCGUCUAUAUGAAUCGGACCUUCAAGAAUGUGUUCGGUACCCGCGUCCAAGAGAAUUUCGGCAAGAAGUAUUUGACUUUUUGGGAAGGAGAGAAAGGCGAUGGGAUAGGUGAUGGCUAUGGGCUCGCCUACGACGACACCUACCGCUUGGUCUACAAAAUAUGGGCACAGAAUAUCAAAGUGCACAGCGACCUCCACGAGUUUGCAUUCACAGGGAACGGAACAGCUUUGGUCACAGGCGUCAACGCGAUCAACGCCCAUGCGUCAGACUUUCUGGAUAAAGGCUGGAUAACACCCCCCAGAUUCGAGGUCCUGGACUCUAUCUUCCAGGAGAUCGACCUCGAGACUAAUGAAGUGCUUUUCGACUGGCGAGCGCUUGAUCACAUUAACCCCAUGGACUCCUACGAGCCUAUGGGCAGAGGAUGGGAUGCAUAUCACAUGAACAGCAUCCAGAAGACCAAAGCAGGCAACUAUCUCAUUUCCAUUCGUCACUUGCACGCUGUCUACCUCAUCAACGGAAAAACAGGCGACAUCAUAUGGACAAUGGGCGGCAAACGCAACGACUUUCUCGAGUUGCCCCGCGCCAAAGAAGCCGAGUCAGCUGCACCCCUGCUGUCAAUGCAGUGGCAGCAUCACGCUCACUUCGUUGAGGGAACCGACGAGACCCAAAUGACCUUAUUUGACAACCAUGUCAAGAUCACCUCUCACGGCGUUUGCGACACCGAUUGCUCGCGCGGCCUGCACAUCGCUAUCAAUGACACUGCCUCACCCCCGACCGUCCAACUCCUACGCGAAUUCCAUCACCCAUCCCACCUUCAGGCCCAGAGCCAAGGCAGCAUGCAGCCCCUAUCGCCCUCUGCCGAUGAUCUGGGCAAUGUGUUCAUUGGCUGGGGGCGGUGUCCCACGUUUACGGAGCACAACUCGUCGGGCGAGACAGUCAUGGACGUGCAGUUUUCGCCGUGGCAUAGCGACAACAUUCCGGACGCGCUAGACAACUACCGCGCCUAUAAAAUGGACUGGUCGGCCACACCCUGGUGGGACCCUGCCAUCGCACCACGGAAAAACGAAGAUGGCGAGUUGGUCAUGUACGUUAGCUGGAACGGAGCGACCGAGGUAGCCAACUGGGUUAUCCGGGGAGCAGCCAGCGAGGAUCUGGACGAAGAAGGCGAAAUACUGGUUGCAUCACGCCGGACCGGCUUUGAAGCCAAGCUGACAGUUGGGGAGACUGAUUGGCGCUAUAUCUGGGCCGAAGCCUUGGAUAGCCAGGGAAAUGUUCUCCGAUCGAGUGAAAUCGUGGACCUGGACACAGCGGAUUUAUCAGUCGCUCAUGACACCUACGAUGAGCCUGAUUCCACCUUCAUCCCCCCGCAGGACAUACCCUCUGGAUUGUCUAUAAAUACAGUAGUCUUCUUGGCGAGCGGGCUGACCGUUGUUGUGUUGGUGACAAUUGCAGCGGGAAUUAUGUGGUGGCGCAGGCGUAAGGCGUACAAUCGCCUGGAAGCGGAGGACUUCGAUCUCGCUUCUGAUGACGGCUUUGAUGAGCAUGAUGACGAUGACGAGGAGGCUAGUGAUAAGGAUGCUGAUGUUGAUCAUCACUCCAGAGGCGAUGAGGACCGUCGUGCUCUGAUUCCCAAGACGGAGCAAAGAAACAUGAGUAGCGUGUAG